UAUUGGCUCAUCUAAAACCAAAUGUUCUCCUGUGACCAGUAACUUUGUGUGUGCGAUAGAGAUUUUACAUUUCCAAGCACUUCAGAGGCCGUGUGGAGUGACAGAAGUUUGAAAUCCCUUUCUUUACUUACUCCUUCACUUAGAAAUGUUAUUGUCACCCCCAUUACCUGUGUUCUUUAGGUAGAACGGGAGAACUAUAGACCCUAACAUGAUAAAAUGAUGGUAAGGUUUCACUGAGUUAACCUGCGAAACAUGGACCAGAGCCUGCAUUAACAGAGCAGGCUGCCUGGUAUUGUUAUCAGCAUUCAACAGCCGCCUCACAGCAGUCUGGAGAGCUGUAGAGAAAGCACUUUAAUCCCCACUGCACCAGUGAGGAAACUGAGGGACAGAGAAGGUGCCCAACUUUCCUAAGCCCCCACAGUGGUGCGUGGUAGCAGUAGUUUGCUGUGUCCCUGGGCUGUGUUGAUCAUGCCAGGCUGGGCUACCACUCAAAGGGGAGCAGCCUGACCCAGAAUGUGAAAUUCCUUCCAACCAUGACUGCCUGCUAUGGCUGCAUUUGUAAAUCAGUGCUGUGAACAUGAGUAAAAUAUGAAUGAUUUUUAUUCUGUGGGCAUCUCCAACGUAGCUUGAAAGAGCCUUUGAGAUAGGCCUUAAAUAGACAUUAGUUCUACCCUGGAAUUUAGAGUUGCUGUGCUCUGUAAUGGGAAGGACCCAGGUCUUUCAGGACUGACAGGAAUUACAGAUUGGCUUCCCACUGAGACACCACCUGUGCUAGAUCCUUGCCCAGCUCAUUUGAAUGGGCCUGAACAAAUCACUCACCCUUAGGGCUGUUUUUGAAAUAAACUCUUACUUUCCCUGGUAUUAACUGGUCCAACUCUGGCCAGCAUCAUUCUGAUUACUGUAGUAGCUGCCCGAGUAGACCUGGGCAUACCCUCAUUAUCAAAGCAUCUUGUUUUGUGGAGUCACAAAAUGAGAAAGUUUCCCUCUGUCUCCCAUCGGGACAGGCAGGCAGAAAGGCCAGCAGCCAGAGCCUUCCUUUCCUCUCUACAGUGACUCAGAUGUACUUGGCUUUCAGAGCCCAAGAUACAACACCUGCUACCUCCCUUCAGCCCAGUUGGACAGCUCCAGCAGCUGGCUUAGGAGCUAAAAUUAUAGAAGGCUGACGUCCUCGGGUGUGAGGACAGGCUGCUCGGCAGGAAGGGCACUUGGGUCAUACUGUCCUAGCUAAGAGUUGCUCAGGAGAGGGCUCAUUUGGCCUCCCGCUUGGAGUGAGGGAGAAAGGGAGGGACACAGAGCAGAGCUGACCAAGAGAAGCAGAGACAGAAUGGAAGGGGUUGCUGGGGACCUCAGGACUCCCAGAGGAGAAUGAGUGAUUGGAUCCCCACAUCAGCCGGGCCCCUGGUGCCCCUGCGCCCCAGAGGGCCAGGCUGGUGAGGAGGGGGAGGAAAGGAGGAUGUGGACCUUCAUCACCCAGCUUCUGGUCACCCUGGUGCUGUUGGGCUUCUUCCUGGUCAGCUGUCAGAAUGUGAUGCACAUUGUCAGGGGCUCUCUGUGCUUUGUACUGAAGCACAUCCACCAGGAGCUGGACAAGGAGCUGGGGGAGAGCGAGGGCCUGAGUGAUGACGAGGAAACCAUCUCUACCAGGGUGGUCCGCCGACGGGUCUUCCUGAAGGGGGAUGAGCUUCAGAAUAUUCCAGGAGAGCAGGUGACCGAGGAACAAUUCACAGAUGAACAGGGCAACAUUGUCACCAAGAUCAUUCGCAAAGUCGUUCGGCAGGUAGACUCCUCUGGUGCCACCGAUGCCCUGCAACACGAAGAGGUGGGGCUGAGAGGGAGUGAACUACAGCCGGACCUGACGGAGGGCAGGAAGGGGGCUCAGAUAGUGAAGAGGGCCAGCUUGAAGAGGGGCAAACAGUGAUCUCUACUCGGAGUAGCUGCUUGGGAGGAUCACACCUCAACACCCAAACCCUGAACUCCACACACUCUGUCAUGCACACAGAAGGAGAGCUGGACCGGAGGGCUACUGAAGGGCCGCACAUGUUCUAGGCUCCCAGCAUGACCUCUGUAAGGGACUUCCUUUAGUCUCCUAUUCGCAUGAACGACUGACUGUAGACGCAUGACCUACAGUCUUCAGUCCUGCCUCUAGCGACUAUGGAUCUCUGUGGGAAUGAGGGCAUAGCAAGAAGAGAGGAGAGGAAUGAAAGGGAGCUUUUCGCCAGAGUGACCGGGUACAAAACUGAAUAAGGGCUCUAUCAUGGCCAGGGUGGUUGGGGGGCUGCUUGGUUUGUUUGUGUUUGUUUGUUUUGAUUCUGACUCAACCUCAUCUUUAAGAAAUCCAUCUGUGCUUUCUGGAAAGAGAAAAAUGAAAACUGGGCAUGAAAUCAGUUCAGCACCAUCUCCGUCCUCAUGCGCCAGCUCCUACACCUGUACAUGCUGAGUGCCACUUGGGACAACCCUCCAGUCCCCGGCAGACUGUUCCUCCCAGAACACAUACACAUGCACAGGUGCACACAUGCACCUCUCCCCUUCACUCAGCUCACACACUGAGUCUGCUGUGACCUCCGAAGCGGUGUAGAAACUCCUACGGAUAAACUGGAAUUUUUUUUAUGUUGUCUCAUUUUCAGUAUUAAUCAUCUUCCAGUGGGGAAUCAUCACCUUCACAGUGCAUUCGGGGUUCCUUGUGUUAGGAAUUUAAGAAUCUGAGGCAAGGACACCCCCCCAGGCUCAGCUGUAGGGCUCAAAGGGAGCCAGGGCCCCAUCGAAAAUUCUUUGCUGGGGAAGGGCCUGUGGCUGUCCCAGGAUUGCACCAGCAUGUUCAAUAGAGGAGAGGUUUUCUAUAUCUUCAAGCACUUCUAUAAUAGUCUGUGUUCAAGCAUAAACUGUACAGUAAUAGCCUUGUGUAUAUGAAAACAAUAAAUACUAUGCAAACCAAUAGAAAUACUUUAGCAGUAUGUACAAAGCACUAACAGCUCAGCUCCUGAGGACUUCUCCAGGCUGUGGGAGAAGGAGCUGAAGGCUGUCUUUCAGUGAAAGAGGAAGGAAGGGAGUAAGGCUAGUGAAUGUACCUGCCAGUUCCUAGGUCAGACCACCCCGAGGUCUCCCAGAGCCAAUUUGGUGCUUGAAGUGCAGGCGGCCGCAGGCUGCAGGUCCUGGCACAGACGCUGGGCUCGGGCUGCGCAGCCAAGCGACUGGCCGGGAGGCCGUGGGCUGAGGACCGACCCUCCGGCCAGCCUCCUGGCCAGGGCAGGAAGGGGAACGACAGCUGGCUGGCCUCGCCCGGACCGGCAGGGAAGAGCCUUAACGUCCCACUAGAGCCUCCAGCAGAGGGAGGCCCGAAUCAGCACAAUCCGGCCCCGCCUGCCCCUGGCGGGCGCCCCCUAACGCCAGGAGAGAGCCCGGCAGGCUGUUCUCCUCCGGGAGCCGCUGCUGGGUGGCCGUCCUCUGCCUCCUCUGCCGCCCCGCGGAGGUGUCAGGACACCGUAAACCUUCCAAGUAGCACAGACGUGCCCUCCGUGCCCGCGACGCCACGGCCCUGGAGACCGGACCCGGGGUUCCCGGCGGGGCGACCGGCCGCAUGCGCCUAGUGUGUGCGCCUAGUGUGCGUCCCCGGGUGCGCCUAGUGUGUGCCCCGGGUGCGCCUAGUGUGUGCCCCGGGUGCGCCUAGUGUGUGCCCCGGGUGCGCCUAGUGUGCGUCCCGGGUGCGCCUAGUGUGUGCCCCGGGUGCGCCUAGUGUGCGUCCCGGGUGCGCCUAGUGUGUGCCCCGGGUGCGCCUAGUGUGCGUCCCGGGUGUGCCUAGUGUGUGCUCCGGGUGCGCCUGGGGCAGGUGCGCUGCUGGCUUCGGGCGGGGCUGGCUUUUGCCUUCCGAGGAGACCGCAAAGCCCGGCCGCCCCGCCUCGCCCCGCGCCUUCCCAGGCCGCCGCCUCCGUAGCCGCCCUUAGCGCCGCGUACGGCCGGGCUCCGCUUUGGCACCUUCAGCUCGGUCCGGCAUGCCUGCUUGGCCCGCCGACCACCCCUCGGCGGCAUGGCUGCGCGCUCCAGAUGCUAGUAGGAGCUGUUUAGGAGAGGAGUUUGGGGUCUCCACUUGAUGCCUAGAGAAUGCUGCAGUCUGCACCUUAGACGCUUUUUAGAAGUUUUGAAAUGACCUUGAUUUUUUAAUUGUUAUGAAAAAUGAACCGUUUCUUGGCUCUCACCCUCUGUUACAGUGAGAGAUUGCCCCACCCCACUCUGAUGUAAUAGACCAUUCUCCCUACACCAGCUAAACAAAUGUCAAAUUAAUAAAGGAACUGACUCAUGGCA